ACAACAAUCCCUUGCUCUCCCUUCCCCGCUCCCUUGCCCUUCUCUUCUAGUUGAUCUGAAGUUUUCUAUCCGCAACCCCGUUACCUUUCUUUUGCUGCCUUCGAUCUUUUGCUCCAUAUUUCCAAAAUUCCAUGUUCUUAUCGACUUGCAGGCAAUGUACCGUUUCUGUCUGAGACUGCAAUGUCCUGAAAGCUACUCUCCGGCACCUUUUCUACCCGCUUUGUUUCAGUUACUCGCCUCUGUUGUGCUGAAACACAAUAUUGUGUUUGUGCUUCAAGCGUAAAACAUGAUAUUUGUUUGUGUUGCAAAACAUUGUUGAGAAAUUUGUUGGGGGGACGUCUCAGGAAAUGUUGUAGAUUGCAGAGAUGUCUAAAACAGCUUCUGAUCACCUGUCCCACACACUUCAGAUUUCAAAAAACAUUCCCUAUAUCUCGCAUGAGAUCAUGAGAAUAUGGAACUCAAAAUCGAUUAUAUGAUUCUCGAAGCCUGUAGUCGUGUGAUGUCGAAACUUGUGUUAAAAUUGGGACAUGUUUUCCUGUGGAUUGUUUUUGUGUCAGGGAUUGACCUUUGUUCUUGUCAGAUCCCCAACGUGCUACUGCUUGCGGUAGGCAACCAUGGCAGCAGAGUCCGACCACAAAUCAGAGAACAAAUCACCCGGUCCGAACACAGUCAAUGCGGGAAAGAUCUUCGAAUGGGUUGGGUCCUUAUUUUUCAAUCAGACAGAAAUAGGACCUGCUGGGACGACCUUUGAACAUGAUCCAGCUGCUCCUGCGAUACACCAUGGCCCAGGAUCAACUUGCAACGUUGAUUUGCAUCAAGUUCAAGCUCAUCAGAAGACCAUGAGCGUUUCUGCAGUCGACAUGGUGAAACCCCGUUCUGCCAUGCGAACUACAUUUCGAUCUCGCAAACAGCAAAAACGAGUUCGUUUCUGUACAGCAAUUGAAAACCUGCAAACUUCAGGAUCGAAGGAAAAACUUAGUGAGCAACACCACCAUUACACAAGGUCUAGGAGUUGCUAUCCAGAAACUCUUGCUCACGACAGUGAACAACUCAUGUCAAGCAUCAAGUCGAAUCGUUGCCGAUCAAUGAGUGUGAGAGAAUUCGUGAUAUUCUGAAUGCUUGUAUAUUGAUUAAACUUCAAUUUAAACGUG